GUUCUUUUCAGCAACACAAUGAGGCUGCUCACCCUCUCUUUAGGACUCCUGCUGAUCGUUGCUUAUGCAACCGCUAGGUCAGCAAAAGAAGAUGACAUCACUGCUGACUUAGAAGUUGCUGCCUCAGGACAUGGACAUGCCAGUUCCCACGAAGAAGGCGGAGGCAAAGAACACCACGCCGACCAUCACUCCAGUCACGGCGAAAAGGGUGACAAAGGCUACAAACACGAUCAUCACCAUCACAAAGAACACCACGGUAAACACGGCAAGCACCACCACUCGGGACACCACGCCGAAAAGGGUGGACAUCACAAAUCCCAUCACGAUGAAGGUGGUCAUCAUGCCUCGCACCACGAACACGGACAUCACCAUAAAGGGGGCAAGUUCGGUGAAAAGAAGGGUCACAAAAAGGGACAAAAGACCAAAGGGCACCACCUGAAAAAGCACAAAGAUGAACUUUAUAAACAUCAUAAGUUCUAUGAUGGUGCUCAUAAAGAGGGACACCACAGCAAGCACGGACACCACCACGGGUACCAUGGCUCUCACGAGGGUCAUCACAAGAAGGGAGGAUCCCAUAAGAGUGGCCAUCACCAUGACCAUCAUGGCAAGAAAGGGCACGGGUCCAAAGGGCAUCACGACCAUCACCACAAAGGCCAUAAGGGUCAUGGCGGACACGAGAGUCAUCAUCAUCACCACAGUGAUCAUGGUAAAAAGGGCGGUCACAAGGAGGGAAAAGAGUGGGGUUUUGCGCAUAAGCAUUGAGCAUCUGUUGGGUGAUUUGUUAUGUUUUUGUUACGUAUUGUUAAAGAUUUUUGCAUUUGUAAAUAAAUGAGAAAUAGAU